AUGGAAGAACUUUUGAGAAGGAGACAAAAAUUAGAGGACGAAUUAAAGAUUCUCCAACAAGAAAUCUAUCAAUCGGAGGAGAAUUACAUUCAAGAUACAUGGCAUAAUGGUAAUGCAAUCAAAGGCUACGAUGGCUAUUUAUCAAACAAAUCAUCACAGAGAGGAAAAUCAUCAUCAUCAGCUUCAACCUCUUCAUCAACAUACAAAAUCAAGGAGAAGGACAGGAUAUUCUCAGAUUCAUCUCUAUUUCUCAAGUUUGAUAAGAAGGGACGUAGAGAGAGGGAUACUUCAUGUCUUUCCUAUGGAAGAAUUGAAUUUGUUGAUGAAUCGUCUUUAAUUUGGGAUCCAGUUCCAAUUAAUAUUCAUCAUUCAAUGUCAUCUUUUUCUAUGAGUAAUAAUAAUAUUGUUAAUAGUAGUGAAGAAGAGAAUGUCAUGCUAAAUGGUGAUCAAAGCCUUUCGGAUCAACAUUUAAUGCCUCCACCACCAAAACAAAUUAGAAAUCAAUUUUCUAACAAGUGA